ACAUAAAAGGAGAUUCUCCUUCAAUCCAUCUCAAAACCUCCUCCAUUAUUUUUCACUUCAAAAAAUCUUCUCUUCUUAUGUAUCCAAUUAUUCCUUUCCAAAUUCUUCAUUCUCCUGUCGAAUUGAAUUAAAAUGGAAUGUGAUCUUUGUUCCUUGCAACUAACUGCAACAAUAGAGACAAUCUUCUUCGUUGAAAGCCUUAGGUGCCACUAGGUUUACCAUUUAAUGCCUAGGGGGAAGGAGCAGGGAAAUAAAUGAAAAACCAAAUAAAAUAAAAUAAAAUAAACGCGGCUGCUCUGGACACCAAAACCAUGGACAGAGUCCUUUCUGUUUGGUAAUUGAUUCCAGCUAUAGAGAUCGGAGGAAUUAGGGUGACGGAGGAGCUGCGGGGAAAAUUAAAGUAGCGAUUUUUGGGAGAUCCUGGUUUUGAAUAGCUUGGUUGUUGGAAUAUAGCAUUCCAAUUGUGCUGGGGUUUUGAUUACGUGAUCGGGUUUGUUUUUGAUCGAAUUAGGGGAAAUCUUUGGUGGGGUUUUGGAGCUGUUUAAUGGGUCGGGGAGAAUUUUUGGUUUGGGAAGGAAGAGAGGGCGGUUUGAGGGCUUGAUUUGUGAGUUGUUAAUUUGGUGAUUUCUUAGGGAAGUAGGUAGCGAUGCGAGGAAGGGGCUAGGGUUAGGGCUUGCAGAAGGUGGGAGAGAGAUGGAGGACACGGAGCUUGAAGAAGGAGAGGCUUGCUCUUAUAAUAAUAACAACAACGGGGAUUAUGAUGAUGCCAGCGUCGACCCUGAUAUUGCUCUAUCUUACAUAGAUGUGAAACUUCAACAUGUUCUGGGGCAUUUCCAAAAAGAUUUUGAAGGUGGAGUUUCAGCAGAGAAUCUGGGUGCAAAGUUUGGUGGAUAUGGCUCGUUUUUACCUUCUUAUCAACGGUCUCCUGUUUGGUCUCGUCCAAGGACUCCACCAGAAGUUCAGAGUCAUGCAGUUAAAUCCCCAAAUAAUUUGCAAGUGGAGGGUGGCCGUCAUGGCACGGCAGUUUUGUCAAGUAUAUCUCAGUUAGUGCGACCUGGACCUGCUUCUGUUACUGCUGGAACACUGCCUGUGUCAAAGGCUCUGCCUAGGAAUGAUUCAGUCAAACAAGAAGUGUCCAUACCAUCAAACCAUGCUUGUGAAUUUUCAAUCAAGAAAUGUUCUAAAUUAGCAGACCAGAAAACAUUGAAGUUGCGAAUCAAAGUAGGCUCUGACAACUUGUUAACAGAAAAAAAUGCUGCAAUCUACAGUGGUCUUGGCCUUGAUGUCUCACCAUCUUCAUCCAUUGAUGAUAGCGCUUCAGAAACAGAAGGGGUGUAUCAUGAUUGUGAAGAUGUUUCGUUUGAUUCUCCCACUAGUAUUCUUCUGAUUAUGACCUCCUUUCCAGUGCUUGGGGAUGUACUUUUAUCUCCUCUCCCUGAUGAUGUGCUUAACUUGACUAAAAUGGAAAAAAUUCUAAAUGCAAAUCAAUAUGAUUUCAGACAGGAUAAUGGAAAAUUGUUGAGGGAGAAUAGAGCAAAGUCAAUAGACAGAAAUGAUUUUCCAGCAGAGCAGAAGGGUGCUAAUAGCAGGUAUGUUUGGGAUGAGAAUAGAAGAUCACCAAAGGAGGAGGUGGAUGUUGAUACUUUGUCAUGUGAGGAGCUUCUUUCUAAAACCUUAAAGCUUCCACUUUUGUCUAAUUCAUAUUCUGCCAUUGACAAGGUAAAAAGAAAGGGAAUUGGGGGGGAGAAAUUUGUCCAUAAUGAAGUAAGGGAUGAAUCAUUUGAGCCAGUAUUCACCCAAGAGAUUGGCCAGGAGAACCCAAAGGCUGAUUCAGAAGGAAAUGUUAGGGAAGAUAAAAAGACAAGCUUUGUGGACAAUGUUUACCCAAGGAAAGAUAGCCAUGUUAAAGGAGAAAAAGUUUGUGACAUGGUCAAUUUUUAUUCAAAUGCUUCAAAGGGGAAGAAAGCUCUAAACAGGGAACAAAUAGAUGAACAUAUGGACAAAGUUGGCCAGAGAUAUAUAUCAAAUGGGCUAGAGAGUCUGAAGUUGCCCCAGGGGAAGGAGAAUUCAUCCUCUAGUGGGAAAAGAAAAUCAAAGGUCAGUCAAAGUCAUGGCAAUCUAGCUGCAGAUGUUCUGAAAGACAGCUUGGGGGGUGGUGGUUCUUCCUUGAUGCCCAAAAAUAAGAAGACUACUGGUGUUGAUAAUUAUACAACCAAAAUGGAACUGGGUAACUUAAACUUAGAAAAGCCUUCUAAAAAUGCUGAAGAUAGGUACAGAGAAUUUUUUGGAGACAUUGAGGAAUCAGAACGGGAGAACGAAAAAAGUUCAAUGGGAGUUUAUUCUGAAGAUAAGCUGAAGCAAUCUGAGAAUAUUGACAAAAGCACACCUCCUAUUAACAACCCAUCUAAGGAAAGGCUAAGUAAUGAGAAAUCUAAUAGACUAUUGGCAUCAGAACCAUACCUUAAGUUGACCAGAGAUGCUAAUCUCCAUUCUCCAAAUGUCAAUGUUUCUGAAGCAGCUCCAGCAACUGGAGUUCAAGCAGCUCCUGCAACUGGAGUUCAAGCAGCUCCUGCAACUGGAGUUCAAGCAGCUCCUGCAACUGGAGUUCAAGCAGCUCCUGCAACUGGAGCCCCAGCAGCUCCUUUAUUGAUAGAAGAAUGGGUUUGUUGUGACAAAUGUCAGCAGUGGCGGCUUCUACCACUUGGCAUGAAUCCAGCCAAGUUACCUGAUAAGUGGCUUUGUAGCAUGCUUACCUGGCUGCCUGGAAGGAACCGAUGUGAUAUUAGUGAGGAGGAGACAACAAAAGCUCUUAUUGCAUUGUAUCAUGUGCCUGUUGCUGACAAUCAAACCAGUCUAAACAGUAAUCCAGGGAACAUUGCUUCCAGAACACUGGAGGCUGGUGUUCAGCACCCUGACCAGAGCCAUCAAACUAGUGGUUCGCAUUCCAUGCCUAGUAGUGGAAGGAAGAAACAAGGUUUGAAAGAAAUGCUAAAUGUUACCAAUAAAGAUCCACCUACACAAUUGUCACACCCAAAGAAAAUCACUCAGGCAUCAGUCAGAACUGGAAGCCUUUAUAUGAAUCAAUCUCCUGUGGUGGGUGAACCUGGUUUUCAGCACCAAAGCAAAUCUUGGGACUUGCCUGUGGAGAAGCACAGACAUAAGCAGAAAGACAAGCAUAGGGUACAAGGGCCCAGUUCCGAUGGAGGUGAUGCAAAGAAUUUAAAGAUGAAAGGGAAAAGAAACAGUGAUCAAGAUUGUUUUAAAGCUGCCAAAAAAAUCAAGGCCGGGAAUUUGCAUUUUAGAGAUGAUGAUAGGGUGUCUGACCUUGCUGGGGCUGUGGAUAAGGUGGGUUCUGGAUCAGUUAGUGGUUUACCUACCAUGUCACUUGGUAAGGAUAAACCUAAUCACAAUGAAUUUUUUUCUUACAAGGAUUCAAAAUCGGAUAAGAAAAACAGGCUGCAAGUCUCUGCUAAAAGACCAAAAGACAGAGUUCCACCACCUGUUGAUGAUGGAUCCAUGGAUUUGGUGAAACGUGAUGGUGGAGAUUUCUCAUUAAGGAGGAAAAUGAUUGAGCAUGAGAAUCAUAUUUAUUCAGGUCCCUUCCAAGGUAUGGGUAAUCAUCUGCAGGAUGGCAGAGUGUUAGCAAAUGAGGAGUUCAGUGGGAAUGACUGCAGGAAGGAAAAGAAGGUCAAGCUAUCCAAGUCUGAAGGGAAGGAUUCUGGGGCAAGUAAAAUCAGCAGUAAACCAGACAGAAAAGGUAGUCAUACAAAGAACCACCAAAAAGGGCAAGAUAAAGGGAGCACCCUGUCUCGAGGGAGCUUGGAUGUUGCAGAUUCCCUGAGAAGGGAUUUUGGACCAACACAACCUUCUGCAGCAGCUACUUCAAGCUCAUCGAAGGUUUCUAGUUCCCAUAAAUCAAAGCCUGGCUUCCAAGAAACCAAAGGGUCGCCAGUGGAGUCAGUUUCUUCGUCGCCAAUGAGAAUUACUAAUCCUGAUAAACUUCCACCAGUGAGAAGGAACUCUUCCAGGGGAGAUGAAUCUCGUGAUAUUGGUCAUUUCACUACAAGAAGUCCAAGAAGAUACUCAGAUGGUGAAGAUAAUGUUGGUAGUGACAGAUCAAGGACAGGUAGGAAGGAAAAAACUUCUUCUUCAGCACUGCACAGGUCCCAUGAGUCUUCUGUGCUUAAUUUUCAGGAUAAGGAUGCCAGUUAUUUAUCUGGUGAUCAAGCUAAGCUGCUGAGUGCACCUUCACCUGAUACCAAUAAAGGCCAAUUUACCAUUGGUAAUGGCAGUGUUGAUUACUUUGGCCAAGAGACUCAAUAUCAUGGUCAAUCAAAAACAAUUGAUCAAAGUCACAAUGAAGAAAGACAGAAUGAUAGCAACCAUUUUAAUGCUAAUGGUUCUCAUCCAAGGAAGUCUGGAAAGGAAAUCUCAUGGUCCAAGGACAAGUGUCCAAAUUUGAAAUCUGAUUCUACCAGUGAAUUGCAAGAUUCUGUGCCUUCAUCUGAAGGAAAACCUAGAGAUGGUAAUAAAUUUCAGGAGAAGUUUGGGGUCAAGUCUAAUGAAACUGAGAACAAAGAAUCUAUUGGGAAACUGUCUAGUGAGAAUAGUAAAAGAGAUAGUCCCGUGAAUUUUCCAGGGCACGAAGGUUCAGAUGGAAAAAUAGAUGCUACCCUCACUCAAGAUGCAAUCUCCAAUGUGAAGCAGAGUCUUCUUACAGACAGUGACGGUGAAAGAUAUACGAAGAGGCUGCAGCCUGACAAAACUGAUCAAGUGGAAGUUGUUUCUGGGAGACUGAAUCCACUAUCCUUGCCACCCACUGGAGGAGCUCAAAAUGCUUGCUCAGUUUCAGGGUCCCAAAAGGAACAUGAUGGAGAUGGUUCUGGAGUCAAUGUCUCUCAAGGUGAUGAAGCAUCAAAAGUGCCAAGACAAAUAAAUAAAGCUGAUUGUCCAAAUGGAAGACAGAUCAUUAGUAUAAGACAGCCCACAUCAGGUGGAAAUAGGGUCAGGCAUCUUAAUGCUCCAGGUUCACUAAGAAAGGAAUCCUCAAGUCAGGCUGGUAAUAAUGCUAUCAAAGAAGCUACAGAUUUAAAGCAUCGUGCUGAUCGUUUUAAGAACAUGGGAGAUAGUCUGGAAAGCACAGGGCUUUACUUCCAGGCAGCCCUGAAGUUUCUUCACGGAGCCUCUCUAUUAGAAUCUUGCAAAAGUGAGAGUGCCAAAAAUGGUGACCCAUUGACAGUGUAUAGGAGCACGGCAAAACUCUGCGAGUUUUGUGCCCAUGAAUAUGAGAGACUUAAAGAAAUGGCUCCUGCUGCUUUGGCCUACAAGUGCAUGGAGGUAGCAUAUAUGAGGGUUGUUUAUUCAUCACAUGCCCGUGCAAGGGGAUACCAAAAUGAGUUGCAAACAGCUCUACAUAUAGUUCCUCCAGGUGAAUCUCCUUCUUCUUCUGCUUCUGAUGUUGAUAACUUAAACCACCCAACAGCUGUAGACAAGGUUUCCUUUCCCAGGGGUGUUAGCUCUCCCCAGGUUGCUGGAAACACGAUCAUUUCUGCCCGAGACCGUCCAAGCUUUUUGGGCCUGCUCAAUUUUGCACAGGAUGUAAACCUUGCAAUGGAAGCUUCAAGGAAAUCCCGGACAGCUUUUGUGGCUGCUAAUUUAGGAGAGGUCAAAGGUGAAGAGAUUGUCUCUUCUGUGAAAUCAGCUCUUGAUUUUAACUUCCAUGACAUAGAACGGUUGCUACAUUUAGUACGGGUGGCAAUGAAGGCCAUUGGCCGUUAAAAGAAUCCAGUCGGCAGGGAUGCUGUUAUCUGUGGAAGUGGAACUUUGUCUUAAUUGUGUACCUCUUGAUGUGAGGUCUCCAAGGAGAACAAGAGAAGUGGCUGCUUGGGUUUUCCUGCUUCAGUACUUCAUACUUCUGUUGAGAAACUGGCAUUCACAUGCACUCCAGCUCUUGCUGUUUAAAUGUUUGCAAUACAAGAUGAAUCUGGAACUUUUAGUGUAUAGAACACUUCAACUGCAUUCUGAUACUGCCAUGGACCCACCAUAUUAUUUCCUUUUCAAGAUGUGUUGAGGACCUGUGAUCUUAAGGGCUCUUCAGAAAUGAUUCUACCAAGCCUGUACAAAUAGGCAGAUUGAUAUUUGAAGGUUCAAGGAAUAACUUUAUCUGAAGAUAGAAAAGCAUCUAUAGGUUGUUGUGGGUGGUAGAAUUCUGAUACUAGAGCUUGCCUAUGUAUUGGCAAUUUGUUCCCCAGAGGGAGUUUCAGUCUUUACCGCUCAUUAAUUGUUAAUAACUGUUUACUUGGAGACCUCCUAGGGAUGGGUAAUGCUAUUUUGUGCUCCAAUAUCAUGACCACCCUUCUGCAGAGGCUGCAAUUUAUUGGUUCAAAUCCUAUGUAAACAGGGCAAAUAGUUGGCAGUCUCAGGUUGGCUACUCUUAAAUAUCACCCUGCUUUUUUACUCCUUUUAUGCUGGAUCCAGUGAAUCAAUCUUUUUCUUUGUU